AUGGUGGAACGCAGAACCAGAUCUGAGUCGGGAACGCCUAGACCGGCAGAUACUCCAGAUGAGAUUGCUGAAAUUGAUCAAACGAUCCAGGAAGACAAUAUAAAAGUCGAAGACCCAAGGGAUGAGGAAUACCAAGAAAAUGACGAUGACGAUGAAGAUGAAGAAGACCCCGCUGCGAACGAGGAUGCGGACGACCCUGAUGAACAAGGGGAUGAAACCAUUCGGAAAAAUAAUAGACGAAGAACUAGAAAGAAUUCAACUGUGAAGGAAGAAGAAGAUGACGAAGAAGAUGACGACGAUGACGAUGAAGAUAGCGAUCAGAGUGAAGGAUCUCCCUCCAAGUCAACCGCCAAACAUGGAAAGGGCGUCACCCUUGUCAUAAAUCCCCUGAGAAGACGUGGAAGACCUGCCAAAAAUAAGAAAAGAGUUAGUGAACUCGAAGAAGAGGAAAUAGCCAAUGAAGUCAAGCGGAAACGAGGGAGAGGUAGGAUAGAUUCAACAGACGAGGAAGGCUUGCAUCUGGAGGUCAAAGACGAUGAAAUAGUGGUUCCAGUUAAUGAAGACGGAGAGACAAAAGUUGACAGUGAAGGUCAUUUGAAGGGAGGUCGUGAAUACCGUGUGAGGACGUUUACUUGUGCUGGAAGAGGUAAUAGGCUUUACAUGCUAUCAACGGAGCCCGCUCGUUUGAUGGGAUUCAGAGAUUCUUACCUACUAUUCCAUAAACACAGGAAACUAUACAAAGUCAUCAUAAACGAUAAGGAAAAACACGAUUUGAUCAACAGAGAAAUUUUACCUCAUUCUUAUAAAGGAAGAAACAUUGGACUUGUUACAGCAAGAAGCAUAUUUAGAGAAUUUGGUGCUCGGAUAAUCAAAGGCGGAAAAUGGAUUACUGAUGAUUACGAUAAGGAGUCUUCAUUAGCCGAGGGCCACGUAGAGGGUGAACUGGCACUUCUUCCAAGUGACGAAUUCAAUAGAGGUGGCACACCAGGCUUUGCUACCAACAAAAUGAUCACCCCUCACACACAACUCACGCAAACGUGGAUUUAUGAGAGCGCUUUGAGAAGUAGACAAGCUGAGUCUCAACUGUAUGAAGCUCGAUCAUCAUUGUCCACUCCCAGAGGAUUCAAGGAACCAUAUACCGGUGUCACUUUUAUACCUCAACAUUUGCAACCUUCCAAGGUUGAGUUUUUCAAGUAUGAUGAUACCGUUUCAGAUAAGUUAAUCAUCACUACCGUCAUGUCGGGAAGUACAGCUUCAGCCACUGGAUUGAAGGAUGUUCCAGAAGAAAUUUACAAAGACGUUGUGACACCUGACGUUCUUCAAGCUAUUCAAGAGCAAAAGCUGCUAGAAGAGAGGCUGUAG